AUGAUUGAUUUCAAGUGGGAAGUGGGAACAUAUUUCGUGGAUAAACAAGACAUCCUUGAUGCCAUCAAAAGUUAUGUAAUAGAGAAUGGGAAAAUUUUGAAACUUGUUGAAAAUGAUAAAAAAAGAAUUAGGGUUAAAUGUUUGGGAUCAAAAGGAGAAUGUCCGUGGAGGGCAUAUUUUGGUUUCAUGGAUGUAGUAAAGUCAUGGAAACUAAGGACUGUGGUUGACAGGCAUACAUGUAGUAGGGAACACAAGUUGCGACUAUUCAAUGCAAAAUGGUGUAAUAGAAAAUUGGAAAAAACAUUGAGAGAGAAUCCUAAUGUAAAGGGAGUUGAUAUUAGAGAUAAAAUUACUAGGAAAUGGAACAUAGCAAUAUCUAAGAACAUGGCUUACGGGGCCAAAGCCUAUGCAUCAGACGAAGUGGCUGGGUCCUUCAGAAGAAAUCCUGGGUCCACAAUCAAGGUGAAAGUUGAGUCAUAUGAUGGGAAAUCAAUCUUCAAGAGGUUUUACGCAUGCCUAAAGGCAUGCAAAGAUAGCUUUGUCUCAUGCAGGCCAAUCAUUGGCCUUGAUGGAGCCUUUUUGAAAGGCAGACAUCGUGGUGAGCUAUUAACUGUUGUGGCUCGUGAUGCAAACGACCAAAUGUUGCCACUGGCGUAUGCGAUCAUAGAAGUUGAGAACAAAGAGACUUGGACUUGGUUUAUGGAGCUAUUAAUUGAAUACCUAGGUGGACCUGAGGUGUGUUCUUCACUUACAAUCAUAUCAGAUCAACAGAAGGGUUUGUUACAAGCUGUACAAGAUGUUAUUCUUGGAGUUGUAAAGAUUUUGUGUAAGGCAUUUAUAUGCCAACUUCAAGAAGAAAUUCCUUGGAAAGAACCUGAAAAAGCUUAUGUGGAGGGCAGCUAUAGCAACCCACCCACAAAAAUGGGAGAGCGAGAUGAGAUGUUUUGGUCCAGAUCAAGGUUCACAACCGCAACUCAAUGUGAUACUUUAACUAAUAACAUGUUAGAAGCCUUUAAUAGUGUGCUGGUAAAUACGAGGACAAAACCAAUUUUUACAAUGUUGGAGGAAAUCAGACUAUACAUGAUGAAGAGAUGGGCCACUAAUAGGUCAAGGGCAAUGUCAUUUAAGUCAUCAAUUUGUCCAAAAAUACUGAGUAGACUACAAAAGGAAGGACUACAAACAAUGAAUUGGAUUCCCAGCUGGUCUGCACAAAGGCUAUUUGAAGUCAGACAUGUGUCCCAAAGUGGGGAAAAGUUUGUGGUGGAUAUAGAUCAAUAUUCAUGCUCGUGCAGGAAAUGGAGCAUUAGUGGAAUACCUUGUGUACAUGCACUGGCAGCAAUGAGGUUUCUCAGCAUACAUCCAGAGGACUACAUACCUGUAUGCUAUCAAAAGUCAACCUAUGAAGAAAUUUAUUCCUCCAUUAUAUAUCCCAUUAAUGGAAACAACCUCUGGAAGGUAACCCAAAGUUCAAAUGUCAUGCCUCCAUCAACAAGACAGAUGUCUGGUCGUCCUAAGAAGAAAAGGAGGUUAGAGCAAUGGAAGUUGAAGAAAAGUAGCACCAAAAUGUCAAAAGGGGGAUUACUGAAGAGAUGUGGCAUUUGUAGAGAAGUGGGGCACAACAGAAAAAACUACCGAAGAGAAACCAGGUGCAGGAAGAGGGACAAUAACCUAGUUCAUUACCGGAGGGUGAAGCAGAUGGAGAAGAACCACUUCAGAGUUGAAGAUUAUUCUCUGUUUUAG